AUCAUGUGUGUUCCUUUUUGUAAGGUCACCUUUAGACCAUGUGCUUCAUCCUUUUGUAAAAGCGAGUGUCUUUAUUUUGAUCGAUAUAAUUCAAUACCGGAAGACGUAUAGCACAUAAACAUGAAGUGGAGCAUGAUUGCUGUGGCUAUUGUAGUUAGUGUACAAGUACUAGUGGCAUCAGGUCAGCCGCCAGGACCACCAGGACUAAUGGGACCUAAAGGGCAACGAGGGAUUCCAGGUAGAGACGGUCGUGACGGUCAACCUGGACCAGCAGGAAGUGAUGGGCAAGCUGGUACCCCAGGAAGAGAUGGGAGGGAUGGACUAACAGGAACACCUGGAUUCAGAGGAGAGCCAGGCCCAGCCAAUGGGCCACAAGGACCUAGAGGAUUGCCUGGAGUGAAAGGAGAGGCCGGCCCUCGAGGAUUUACUGGUGCACCGGGACCAAAAAGCGGGGGUGUUGUGUACACAAGGUGGGGUAACAGCACUUGCCCGACUGUGUCUGGAACAGAGCGCAUAUACAGUGGGAGAGUUGGGGGGAGUUAUUACAGCCAGGGAGCAGCAGCAAACCAUCUUUGCCUACCUCCAGAUCCAGAAUACACCUUACCUUAUCGAAAUGGUGUUCAAGGUCAUUCGACUCUCUAUGGUGCAGAAUAUGACCUCCCAGUCAGAGGAACACAAGACCACAACGUUCCCUGUGCAGUCUGCCUAGCGUCUAGCAGAGCAACAUAUCUAAUGAUUCCUGCUAAGACGUCCUGUCCACGUUACUGGACAAAAGAGUACGAUGGUUACCUUAUGUCCGAGUGGUUCAACCAAAAUCCAUCAAUGUACGAAUGUGUAGACAAGGGGCAAGAGUCGGUGCCUGGAAGUCAUGCCAACACUCAAGGUGUUUUGUUCACUCAUGUCGAAGUUAACUGUGAUAGUGGACUACCCUGCCCUCCCUACAAUAACUAUAAAGAAGUCAACUGUGUUGUUUGCACAAACUAAGACCCCUGCAGCCUGUGCAUGUGUCAUAAACGUUUUGUAUUUUAGCUUUUAGACUCUGUAGUUUAUAAAUACCGUAUACAUUUCGCAGAAAUGCCUUUAGAAAGAUUUUCGCAGAUUUAAUUUUCGUGGAAUAGCGCUUUUUGUAGCAUGCAUGUAUGCAAUAAUAAAUUCGCGGUUAUAAAUGUUCA